UGAGGCGGGGAGAACUUUGCGCUCCCAGCAGAACCACCCUUUGCUGGCCAGUCGCGUCGCUCCUCUGAGGAAGCCGGCGGCGGCGGCGACUGGGCGGAAAGAGGACGAAAGAAAGGAAGAGAGGAAGUAGCGAGGGAAGAAGAAAAAUGAAGCCAGCGCUGGGGGAGCCCGCGAGAGGGUGGCCGACGGUGGAGCAAGGAGGCUUUGGCUGCUUUUCCGCACCCCGGGCGUGAACGCCUUCUCCUGCGCGACCCCAAGGAAAUAAGUGGGUCUCGCCUGGGCGAGACAAGAAUCCAAGUGAGAACCUUGCCUCCUCGGUCACCGUUGCCCCCUAGGAAUCCCAGCCGCUUCUCAGUCCAGCUUUCCCGCGGGGCCGGACGCAGUGCCCGAGCCGCCCUGCGGAUGGGGCGGGCGGGGAACAAGCGCCCAAGCCGCGGGUGACCAGCGCCGCCCACCCCACUCAGCGCAGGGACCGGGCGGGCAGAGGAUGCGAGGCGGAGGGACUUGGGAGCAGGUCCCGAGACUGCCUAGGGCGCGCUAGGCUCCAACUUAGAUGGCCCGGAGUCCGCUUCAGCUCCUGGGACAGCUUCGCUGCGCGGAGUGAGCUGCCAGCGGAACCUGGGGGCGGAGACCUUAGGCGGCGGCUGCCCGGGGGAGAGCCGGGGGCCGGAGGGGGCGCGCUUUCUCCCUGCGGGUCUCAGGAAUGAGGAGACUGAGUUUGUGGUGGCUGCUGAGCAGGGUCUGUCUGCUGCUGCCGCCGCCCUGCGCACUGGUGCUGGCCGGCGUGCCCGGCUCCUCCUCGCACCCGCAACCCUGCCAGAUCCUCAAGCGCAUCGGACACGCGGUGAGGGUGGGCGCGGUGCACUUGCAGCCCUGGACCACGGCCCCCCGCACGGCCAGCCGCGCCCCGGACGGCAGCCGGACAGGUGCCCAGCGAGAUGAACCUGAGCCAGGGACUUGGCGGCCCCCGGCGCCCUCGCCGGGCGCACGCUGGUUGGGGAGCGCCCUGUAUGGCCGGGGGCCGCCGGGCGCACGGAAGCCCGGGGAGGACGACCGGGCCGAGACCCUGUGGCCUCGGGAUGCCCUCCUCUUCGCCGUGGACAACCUGAACCGAGUGGAAGGGCUGCUGCCCUACAACCUGUCUUUGGAAGUAGUGAUGGCCAUCGAGGCGGGCCUGGGCGAUCUGCCGCUCUUGCCCUUCUCCUCCCCUAGCUCGCCGUGGAGCAGUGACCCUUUCUCCUUUCUGCAGAGCGUGUGUCACACCGUGGUGGUGCAAGGGGUAUCGGCGCUGCUCGCCUUCCCGCAGGGCCUGGGCGAGAUGAUGGAGCUCGACUUGGUCAGCUCCGUCCUGCACAUUCCAGUUAUCAGCAUCGUGCGCCACGAGUUUCCGUGGGAGAGUCAGAAUCCCCUUCACCUCCAACUGAGUUUAGAAAAUUCAUUAAGUUCUGAUGCUGAUGUCACUGUCUCAAUCCUGACCAUGAACAACUGGUACAAUUUUAGCUUGUUGCUGUGCCAGGAAGACUGGAACAUCACCGACUUCCUCGUCCUUACCCAGAAUAAUUCCAAGUUCCACCUGGGCUCUAUCAUCAACAUCACCAUCAACCUCUCCUCCACUGAGGACCUCUUGAGCUUCCUGCAGGUCCAGCUUGAGAGCGUUAAGAACAGUACACCCACAAUGGUGAUGUUUGGCUGCGACAUGGAAAGUAUCCGGCGGAUUUUCGAAAUUACCACCCAGUUUGGGGUAGCACCCCCUGAGCUUCGUUGGGUGCUGGGGGAUUCCCAGAAUGUUGAGCAACUGAGGACAGAAGGUCUGCCCUUAGGGCUCAUUGCUCAUGGAAAAACAACACAGUCUGUCUUUGAGUACUAUGUACAAGAUGCCAUGGAACUGGUCGCAAGAGCUGUGGCCACAGCCACCAUGAUCCAGCCAGAACUUGCUCUCAUUCCCAGCACGAUGAACUGCAUGGAUGUGGAAACUGCAAAUCUCACUUCAGGACAAUAUUUAUCAAGGUUUCUAGCCAACACCACUUUCAGAGGCCUCAGUGGUUCCAUCAAAGUAAAAGGUUCCACUAUCAUCAGCUCAGAAAACAACUUUUUCAUCUGGAAUCUGCAACAUGACCCCCUGGGAAAGCCAAUGUGGACACGCUUGGGCAGCUGGCAGCAGGGUAAGAUUAUCAUGGACUAUGGAAUAUGGCCAGAGCAAGCCCAGAGGCACAAAACCCACUUCCAACACCCAAGUAAGCAACACUUGCGAGUGGUUACUUUGAUCGAGCAUCCAUUUGUCUUCACACGGGAGGUAGAUGAUGAAGGCUUGUGCCCUGCUGGCCAACUCUGUCUAGACCCCAUGACUAAUGAUUCUUCCAUAUUGGACAGCCUUUUUAGCAGCCUUCAUAGCAGUAAUGAUACAGUGCCCAUCAAAUUCAAGAAGUGCUGCUAUGGAUAUUGCAUUGAUCUGCUGGAAAAGCUAGCAGAAGACAUGAACUUUGACUUUGAUCUCUAUAUUGUUGGGGAUGGCAAAUAUGGAGCCUGGAAAAAUGGGCACUGGACUGGGCUGGUGGGUGAACUCCUCAGUGGGUCAGCCCACAUGGCAGUCACUUCCUUCAGCAUCAAUACUGCACGAAGCCAGGUGAUAGAUUUCACCAGUCCUUUCUUCUCCACCAGCUUGGGCAUCUUAGUGAGGACCCGAGACACAGCAGCUCCCAUUGGAGCCUUCAUGUGGCCACUCCAUUGGACAAUGUGGUUGGGGAUUUUUGUGGCUCUGCACAUCACUGCCAUCUUCCUCACUCUCUAUGAAUGGAAGAGCCCCUUUGGUAUGACUCCCAAGGGGCGGAAUAGAAGUAAAGUUUUCUCCUUCUCUUCAGCCUUGAAUGUCUGUUAUGCCCUCUUGUUUGGUAGAACAGCAGCCAUCAAACCCCCAAAAUGCUGGACUGGAAGGUUUCUGAUGAACCUUUGGGCCAUUUUCUGUAUGUUCUGCCUUUCUACAUACACGGCGAAUUUGGCUGCUGUCAUGGUAGGUGAGAAGAUCUAUGAAGAGCUUUCUGGAAUACAUGACCCUAAGCUACAUCAUCCCUCUCAAGGUUUCCGCUUUGGAACUGUCCGGGAAAGCAGUGCUGAAGAUUAUGUGAGGCAAAGCUUCCCAGAGAUGCAUGAGUAUAUGAGAAGAUACAAUGUACCAGACACACCCGAUGGAGUGGAGCAUCUGAAGAAUGAUCCAGAGAAACUAGAUGCCUUCAUUAUGGACAAAGCCCUUCUGGAUUAUGAAGUGUCAGUAGACGCUGACUGCAAACUUCUAACUGUGGGGAAGCCAUUUGCCAUGGAAGGAUACGGCAUUGGUCUCCCUCCCAACUCUCCUUUGACCUCCAAUAUAUCCGAGCUAAUCAGUCAAUACAAGUCACAUGGGUUUAUGGAUGUGCUACAUGACAAGUGGUACAAGGUGGUUCCCUGUGGCAAGAGAAGUUUCGCUGUCACUGAGACUUUGCAAAUGGGCAUCAAACACUUCUCUGGACUCUUUGUGCUGCUGUGCAUUGGAUUUGGUCUCUCCAUCUUGACCACCAUCGGUGAGCACAUAGUGUACAGGCUGCUGCUCCCACGCAUCAAGGACAAAUCUAGGCGGCAAUACUGGCUCCACACCAGUCAGAGAUUACAUAGAGCACUAAACACAUCAUUCGUAGAGGAAAAGCGGCAGCGUUUCAAGACUAAGCGUGUGGAAAAGAGGUCCAAUGUGGGACCCUGUCAGCUCACUGUGUGGAAUACGUCCAAUCUGAGUCAUGACAAUCGACGAAAAUAUACCUUCAGUGAUGAGGGGGGACAAAACCAGCUGAGCCUCCGGACCUACCAAGACAUCCCUCUCCCACCAAGAAGAAGAGAGCUUCCUGCCUCGCUGACCACCAAUGGGAAAGCAGACUCCCUAAAUGGGGCUCGGAACUCAGUGAUGCAGGAGCUCUCAGAGCUGGAGAAGCAGAUUCAGGUGAUCCAGCAAGAGCUGCAGCUGGCUGUGAGCAGGAAAACGGAGCUGGAAGAGUACCAAAGGACAAAUCGGACUUGUGAGCCCUAAGUGGCCACGCUGCUCUCUUUUCUCAGUUCCUGGCCUUCCUCUGAGCCCUUAAGACACUUUGUAAUGCUCUUUUGUAACUACUGACCAAGGUGGGGGGAAGCUGAGGUCUGGGUCUUCUUAGAGGUCAAGUCUGCUCUCCCUAGCCUGCAAAGCAGCAGCCGGUCUUCUCAAGCUCAUUCCUAGGUCUCCAGGGCAGGAGUCUUUUUCAGAGCAGGAAUCUUACAUUAGUCAGAAGUAAACACCGUGUGAGGGGUCUGUGAAGAACCAGACAACCCCAGCUCCUGUUAAUCUUUUCACCUGGUACCACAGUAACAUUUCUGGUUUUUAGCCCUUUCUCUGCACUAUCAACAAGAGAUAACAUUGUUACUCAUACCUGUGUCUUACUGGGUUGUUGGUUUUAAUCUUAGUAUAGAGCGGGAUUAUUCAGGGUUGUGACUUUUGCUGUAACUCCCCAGUGUAGAUUUGUUCCUACAGUCUGCAUGGGGAGCCAGGGAAGAGCUAGAGAAACUUAGGACGGGAAGGUGGGUACUUAGAAAAAUUAACUGAACUCAUUCACAUCAUAGCAGGCCAAGGAUUGACUGGAUCAGGCAAGAGCCAUGCUUUUGAAAGGGUCCUGGAUCUCCAACAUCAUCCUGACGUUUAGUAGGAACAUGUUUACGUGCCACUAUGAAAGGGAACAGGGAUGUGGUGAGCGGAAAGAGCACAGGCAGAAGAGGCAUUAAAAUGUAUCCCAUGCUUUUCAAACAAAAGCUCUGGGCCAGAAAAGCAAUUUGGCUAAGGAAUGAAUAGGCCCACACUUCUAAUCUAAUUAAGCAUCUCCACUACAGUGUGUGCCUUUCAUAAAGGAAAGAGAGAAAAGCAAGGCAAGGAUGUGGCCUUAGGAUGAAACUGGAAUAUUCCUGCUUAUUGCCUGCACAUGACAUGUGAGCUGGCACUGUGAGUUAAGGGAAGAUGUUCUGCAAGCCAUAUAUUUGGCUAUUUUCAGAUCAGCAGUCACCUAUGUCUUAGCUGUAGGAAUCCCGGAAGUGAACUUCAAGACUGUGAACACCACAAGCUUAAACAUUCAGGAAUGUGCCCUGUGCUUUUCAUACCUAUAUGGAUCACUAGCAAGUCAGUCUUGCAGCCUCACACCCCCUCAUCUGUGAGAAACUGUGAACAGGCACGGGUCCCUCUGAUUCUCCCCCAAACCCCAUCUAAUGCCUCCAAGAGAUUGAUAUGAGUAAGCUGUUUCCCCUCUGCCUAGGUAUCCUUUUCCAGCGUGCAUAGGCUUGGACACGCAGAAAGGGAAAGGAAUACGUGAACUAUAGAACUUCAGUUCUCAGUCGCCUAGGAACUCGUUAGGAUGCUGACUGCUAGGGCUCUUCUCCCAAAGGAUGAGAUGGGAAAGGGGGUGGAUGUGGGCUCAGAAACCUGUCACCAACACUCCCAGGUGACUGACAUGUGGUCUAAAAAUUACUCUUCAGGAAACGUUGUUCUAGAAAUUUGGCUGCUCCAGGCAUGGGGAGAAUUGAGAAGAGCCUUUUUGAGAGUUUUUCAAAAGGCUUCAGCACACACCUGAUGAUUCACUGUCCACACAGCCACGCCCAGCCCAGGACACCAUGUAGGACUAGACUUCCUUGUCUAUCAAUUAAUUGCUUUAUCUUCUCAGUUGCUUAUCAUCUUUGCUCCGCUCCAAUCAGUUUGAAGGCCUACAAAGAGUGCUCAGCUCUGUGCCAAGCACCGUGCUCUGUAAGCUGCAGAUCAUUGGGAAGGCUCCUCAACCACAAAAUUUCUUCCCCUACUUUUGGAUGCAGUCCCUGCAUUUCCACCAAGAGCUGCCUGGUCCCCCAAGGAAAGAUAACACUUUAAGCUGCAAUUAGAUAACACUCUACCAAUUAGCUGUCUGAGAAAACCCUGGGGGGGGGGGGGAAUAUAGGCUUAGAGAUUCUGAUGAGGGAGGUGGACGGGUUCUAAAGUUAGACUUCAUCAACCUCACAGAUGAAACAGUUCAACAAUGAGGGAACAGUGAUUCCUGGAAACAGAAAGGACAGCUCUGCUUUGAAAUGCCCAUCCUCCCAUGUUCUCACCCCAGACACAAAAGGUUUGCAACUGCCUUUGGAAGAUUAUGCCCCUUAGCCAUCCCCACCCAUCUGCAACAGCUAAGGAUGCUCUAGAGACUCUGCCAUCAUGCUCUGCACCCCUAACCUGUGCGCAGCCUGGGAGGCUGACGUAUAGGUGUACCUCAACUCACGUAACAACCAUGCUCCUAAUAUUGUACCUGGACAUUUUUUAUAACGCAGCUCAGAUUCUGACUGUAUUUGAGAAGUUGGCUAUUUAAAGGAACCCAGAGGUGAAUUCUUUUGUAAAGAAUCCUUUUGUAAUGCAAUUAAUUAUCCCUUAAUGUAUUUGUUUUGUAAGUUUGGAUUUUUGUACAUCAGGUUUACCUUAAGCUUCUCUACGGAGGCAUUCUGAGCAGUGGUGAUAACAUGCCAGACCACCCUGCCUACCCACAAAAAAGUAGACGACCAGAGCAUGGCUCCUCGAAUAUCUUCUGAGGAACUACUUGGCCAAAACUGCGGCCAGAAGCAGCAGGAGCUGAAAGCAGGCUUACUGCCGUCAGCAUUGCUUGAAAUGCCUCCAUGUUCUGGACAAAGAAAAACAAAGCAUAAUCGCUUGUGUUGAAAUGAUGCAGUCUUCAUGUUAAGUAGGAAUGGUAAUUGAACAGUGUUUUGCAAUUUGUGAAAUAGUGUGUUGUGUUUUGUAAAAAGAGUUCAUGAAAUGGUGGGUCCUUUGAAAACCUUCCUUCCUGUUCUGUUCCACCUCUGUUCUCUCAACUCCCCUCAGGCUCAAGAAACACAAAGAUCAGAAGUCUUCAGGUGGAGGGUGGUUUUCUGGUAAAGAAGAAAGAGAUAAGGGAUGCUACCUUGCCUCCUGCUGUGGGCUUCUCUUUCAUGAGAUCAGGAAGACCUCCAUUUUUUUUUUUUUUUAAUUUUUAUUUUUGGCUGUGUUGGGUCUUCGUUGCUGUGCGCGGGCUUUCUCUAGUUGCGGUGAGCGGAGGCUACUCUUUGUUGCGGUGCGCCGGUUUGUCAUUGCGGUGGCUUCUCUUGUUGUGGAGCACGGGCUCUAGGCUCACGAACUUCAGUAGUUGUGGCUUGCGGGCUCUAGAGAGCAGGCUCAGUAGUUGUGGCGCACGGGCUUAGCUGCUCUGCGGCAUGUGGGAUCUUCCCGGACCAGGGCUCGAACCUGUGUCCCCUGCAUUGGCAGGCGGAUUCUUAACCACUGAGCCACCAGCGAAGCCCAAGACCUCCAUUUUUUUCCAAGCUCUGAUGCUAGGAAAUCAGGUGCACGACAAGUCCACUAUCACACCCCCCAACCCUGUUUUCCAAGGGGGAAUUCCUGGCGCAGGAAGCAUAUAAUAAAGUAGGACUGGGCAAGUUGGAAAAGAUAGGGCUAUUGGUUCAUGUAAAUAAAGAAAAUAAGGGCCCCAGAGUGUGGCUGCCCAAGGUGGGGGAGCAGGGGGACCCCUCCAACGAUUGAAGACAGGUUGGAAGAAUGACUGGGACAGACAAGUGAGGCAGCCACAGGGACCCAAUCAGUCGAGGUCUUUAAGGUGCCUGGAGGUGACGCUCCAUUAUCCACGGAUCUUGCUGUUGCACAAACCUUAUAUGCGAGCUGCUGCUUCUGUGCCAACCAGCUAAGCGGUAAGUGGCGCAGCUGCUGAGCAGGACAGAGCUAUGUCAUCUGGGCAACAGACUUCUCGGUGAUGGUGCUGGGUCUGUUAGAGCCUUGGAGCUAGUGACCACUUCCUCGGUACAGAUGAAGACUUAAGGGGAAAGAAACUACUAGUCUCUCCUCCUCCCAACUCAUAUAUUUGAUAGGCAAACCAGAAAAUCCAUCCAGUCUUCAGAAGGAACUACUUUCUAGUCAUCAAAACCACUUCACUCUGCAGUGUUUACUUAUUCCUUUCUUCACCCACCCACACCCAUCUAAUCCAGGAUUCCCUCAUGCUUUAAGUUUAGUUCCUAAUCAUUUUA